UCUGGUCCCUCCCUCCGAUUGCCCUGAAUUAAAGGAGCGGCAUCAAGCUGGCCAACUGCUGCUGCCCGCCCCCGUGACGUUGGACGUCCCGGUCGCACGUUGCGGUGGGGCGGGGAGCAACGGAAACCUGUGUGUGAGCUGCAAGGUUUUGACUGUCUGCCUGUGGAGGAAGUAACCGUAAUUGCGCUACUGCGAUUUCUUCAAACACUGUGGUGACAGGGCCUGGUGCCAAGGUUUUUGUUUUGACACCUUGAUGUGAAAUGUCAACAAGAAUUCUGGCCUUUGUUCCUGCAUCAGAAACUUAGAGAAGAGUUAUCAGAGAGAAUGGCUGUAUCUUCAGUGAAUGUGCCCCAGGAUCUGUUGACAUUCGGGGAUGUGGCUGUGGACUUCUCCCAGGAGGAAUGGGAAUGUCUGGAGUCUGCUUCAAAGGCCUUGUACAUUGACGUGAUGUUGGAGAAUUACCACAAUCUAGUUUUUGUUGGUAAGAAGUAUCUUCAUGAGGAAUAUCUGCCUCAUCAGAAAUAUCAUAUGUAUGUGAAAAAUAUGAAAGUCUUGGAUCAAGAAUCAAAGCACAUUGUCUAUCACCCUGUGAAUAUCCAAGAGAAGUCUUAUGAAAAUAAUGAGAUGGGCAUAAAGGUGCACAAAUUCUCUCAUUGUACACCUCAUAACACAAGUGAUCUUUCAGAGAACUCCAACAAGUAUGAAUGUGAUAACCAGAAGGAUACCUCUAUUGAAUCAACAAACCUAAAGAAUCAUAAAUGUAGAAACACUGGAGAAGAAACGUACAAAUAUAAAGACUAUGGGAAAUGGUUAAAUUUGUGUUCCAGCAUUAGUCAAAGAAUUUACCCUAGAAAGGAACUACACAAAAAUACAGACUAUGAUGAAUCAUUUGACUCUAAACAUACACUCAUGCUGAAACAGAUUUCUGGUGUAGGGAAAAUACACCAAUGUGGGAAAUGUGGGAAGUACUUUAGGGCCUACUCGAGUCUCAGUAGACAUCAGAGAACUCAUUCUGGAGAGAAAUCCUACAAAUGUAAAGAAUGUUGGAUGUGCCCCUUGUAUCAAGUUAAAAACCAUUAUAAAACCCAUAAUGGAGAGAGACCUUAUAAAUACAGUGAUUAUGAAAACUGUUUCAUCCAGAAAGACCAUCUUAGUACACAUCCAAGAAUCCAACCAGGAGAGAAACCUUUCAAAUCUAGUGACUGUGAGAAAUCCUUUGCAUAUGUCUCCACUCUUGGACAACUUCAGAGAAUUCAUACAGAAGAGAAACCUUUCAAAUCUAACGAUUGUGAGAAAUCCUUUGCAUAUGUCUCUACUCUUGGACAACAUCAGAUAAUUAAUACAGGAGACAAACCUUACAAAUGUAGUGAAUGUGAGAAAUCCUUUACACAGGGUUCACACCUGAAACGACAUCAGGCCCUUCAUACAGGAGAGAAACCUUACAGAUGUAGUAAAUGUGAGAAAUCCUUUACACAGGGUUCACACCUGAAACGACAUCAGGCCCUUCAUACAGGAGAGAACCCUUACAAAUCUAGCGAUUGUGAGAAAUCCUUUCCAUAUAUCUCGAGUCUUAGAAAGCAUCAGCAAAUUCAUACAGGAGAGAAACUUUUCAAAUCUAGUGACUGUGAGAAAUCCUUUUCGUAUGUCUCCACUUUUGGACAACAUCAGCAAAUUCAUACAGGAGAGAAACUUUUCAAAUCUAACGAUUGUGAGAAAUCCAUUGUUUAUGUCUCCACUCUUGGACAACUUCAGAGAAUUCAUACAGGAGAGAAACUUUUCAAAUCUAACGAUUGUGAGAAAUCCAUUGUUUAUGUCUCCACUCUUGGACAACUUCAGAGAAUUCAUACAGGAGAGAAACUUUUCAAAUCUAACGAUUGUGAGAAAUCCUUUGCAUAUGUCUCCACUCUUGGACAACAUCAAGUAAUUAAUACAGAAGACAAACCUUACAAAUGUAGUGAAUGUGAGAAAUCCUUUCCAUAUAUCUCAAGUCUUAGAAAGCAUAAGCGAAGUCAUACAGGAGAGAAACCUUACAGAUGUAGUAAAUGUGAGAAAUCCUUUACACAGGGUUCACACCUAAGACAACAUCAGACCCUUCAUACAGGAGAGAAACCUUACAAAUGUAAUGAAUGUAAUAAACCCUUUACACAGGCUUCACAUCUUAGACGGCAUCAGAUUAUCCAUACAGGAGAGAAAAUUGUGAGUGUAGCAAAUGUAGCAAAGUAUCUCUCUUCUCUUACUUCUAAGAAUACGUGAGAAAAGCCAUACUGGGAAGAGAGUUUCCAUACUCAACAUUGUACAUAUACUGUAUUAAAAACUCUAUUAUUAGAGAUCACUCCACCUCCAUACAAGAUAAACAUUAAGAGCAUGAGAAAUUUGUGAAAGCCUUUAUGUUAUGUGCAAAUUAUACAGAAUUUAUACUGAGCAAAAAUUCUGAAAACAUGAUUUUCAACAAUUUCUUUUUUCAAUCUCGAUAGCAUAAGAAUGAAAAAUCAAGAAGCCUAAGACUAUGCUGUGGUAUAUAGCAAGGGACAUAUUGAAGUCAAGAAACAAAGGCAUACUAGUUAUUAGUAGCUGAUGUGUCUCUAUUGAUAAAGAUGGGUUGGUGAUCAAAAGCCAUGAUUAAUUUUUUUUGUAUCUAAUUGUACCCUCAACUACUUGACAUGAUUCAACAAAGUCUGCUGAACAUCUAAAAGUAGAGAUGACUGAUGGUUUUUCAUAUAUAAAACUAUAUUUGUGAUUCUUUUUAGAUCUUAUAGGUUACAUUUUUAGAUAAAUAAUAAAAUGAUUGGUCCUUUCUUUGUAAACACAAAAUGUCAUUUGUCAUUAAAAAGAACUGACAGAAAAAGA